AUGGGAGUUUUGCCGGAAAAUUCGCCGGAAACGGUGGUCAACGGUGGUUCUGGACAGCGGCAGUACUCAGACAAGGUCGGAAACAAAAUAGGGAAGCCGGAAACUGACAGAUGUGACGAGGUGGGAAGCAGAUUAGAAAAGUUCAAAGUUGGGGACAAGGUUGGUGUUGGAGGGUUGGUUGAUUCCUGCAAAUCAUGUCAAAACUGUUCUGACAAUCUUGAAAAUUACUGCCCACAAUAUACAGCCGCAUUUGGUGCCAAAUAUAUUGAUGGUACCACCACAUAUGGAGGCUUCUCUGACUCUAUGGUUGCAGACGAGCACUUUGUGGUUCGCAUUCCUAAUGGCUUACCUCUUGAUGCUGCUUCUCCUCUCCUUUGUGUUGGGAUCUCAGUGUAUAGCCCUCUUAGAUAUUUUGGACUCGACAAGCCUGGUCUUCAUGUGGGUGUGGUUGGUCUCGGUGGACUAGGCCAUAUGGCUGUUAAGUUUGCCAAAGCUUUUGGGGCUAAUGUCACAGUAAUCAGUACAUCACCCAACAAAAAGGAGGAAGCAAUAGAACAUCUGGGAGUUGACUCGUUUCUGAUAAGCCGUGACCAAGAUCAGAUGCAACCCCAUGGAAAUUUACCCGGGUACCGGGUACACCUCUCCGUACCCGGGUAA